AACAACACUCCCACGUUUGAAACGUCAGCCUCUGCCUCCACGUCACUAUAUCCUCAUUUUUACUCACGAAAAAGCAACCAUCACUCACAAUCUCCUCCUCCCAAAGAAGAAUAAGAAGCGCAAGAAGGUUUCAGUGGACGUCUUGGUGAAUGCUGUUAAUCUUAGUUAGUGUCCAGUGAAGAAGACUUAAAGAAGUGCCAGUAUAGAAAGUUUCGGUGGCUUCCGGAGGAGAAACUUCUUAAGUUGGUAAUGGGAGCCUUCUAGUUACUAGUGAUGCCUACUUCCCAGUUCCCACGGCUCCGACAGUGUGACAGACUUGAUAAUCUGUGUUUGUCUACAUUGAAGAGGUCUCUUCUGCGAGCUUUUUAUGUUUUGGGCAAAAAACGAUGCAUAAGCACACCUGAUGGUUUGCUUGGUGGUGGAAAUCAUAAUCACGAUGUUACAAAGCUUUGUGAAAAAGACACUCUCUCACCAAUAGAAGAAAUACGAUCGUACCUGUUUCCGAAACUUCCCAUAUGCUAUCGGCAACAAGUUUUUGAGGAAAUUUUUAUUUCAAUGGCAUGUCCUGAAUUUGAUAAAAAUAAAAUUGUAACUGAAUUAGAAUUUAAAUUCAAAUCUUAUGAUGUAGUAGCAGGUACCAGUGACAUGAAUCAGAUAAUUCAAAAUUAUUUAAAAUGUUUACUGCUUGGGUAUGUGACCAAAUUAGAUUUCAGUGCUUUGUAUGCCAUGGAAAGUUGUUGGGUAGCUAGAUCCCGAAGAAUUUUGCACACAUGGAAUGAAGUCAAAGGAGAAGGCUCCAUGUGUGUCAAAAAAUUAGAAAAUGGUUGUAAUGAAAUUGGUUUGAGGAAUGUUAAAGCCAUGUGGAAGGAUCUGAUAUUUCAGCAUGGUAGAGCAGUCAGUGAUGGAGCAGUUGCCUCUGCUCCAUACUUUCGUGAGCUGGUUGACAUAAAUGUUGACCAUGUGGCAACCGGCCAGCUUGUGUGGUCGAUAGGCUGUAACUGCCCUUAUCUGGAAAAAUUAAGUUUGUACCUAGAUGCUACAGAUAGAAGUAGAUAUAGUAAACAUUUUGAAGAUGAGUUAGUGAGUGGUUUAACGGCUUUGUAUGGUCAUAAGAAAUUUACUCCAACCUCUUAUCGAGGACGACCAGUAGGUUGCCCCAAACUUCAGACUUUAAUUAUGCCUAAUUUGGAAAAUGUUGAAAAGCUAGAGAUCUGCUCAGCUAAGCUUUUGUGUUAUUUACCGAGCCUUCAAGAAAUUUACAAUUUAUGCACCGCAAGAACAUUUGAAGCCCUACUGAAUGAAAACGACUUUAAGCGAAAGCCUCUGUCCCUCAUCAACAUAGAUGAAUCGUAUCCAGAUGAGCCCACCACAGAGGACAUUUGUGAUCAUUACAAUGUGCAAGUUAAGUAUUUUUUUCCAAAUCUGACUACUGUAAAAAUGGUUCAGAGUAAGCACAGAAGCAGCCUCAGAAUAUUGUCCAAUUUUCCUAAAGUAAACAACUUGGAAGUUCUUUUGUCUGAUGUGGGUGAACUGGAGUUUGGCAUUAACUUUGGUCGAAUAACACAUUUUAAAAACAAUUGUAGGUGGGAUGAGAAGAGACUUGCUGGGUUCUGUCAACGAGCACCGAACCUUGAGCAACUGUCUUUUUCUUCAGGUUCUCUUCACAAACACAGGAAAUCUAGGGACAUCAUCUCUUUUCCAGCGUUGAAAUUAAUUACGUUGCAUAAUCUGGACUACAUCGACCCUGAGCCAUUCAUUUCAUUGAUUAAAGGAACUAAAGUUCUCACUCACAUAAUCAUAGAAGAUUUUGAUAAAGGAGAAUGUAGUCAUAAUCUGUUAACUGUUAUUAAUGAUAAAGUUAUUGCUGCUAUCAUAUCAUCACUGAAAAAGUUAGUUAAAUUUCAUGCAGGCUUGAGAGAUUACUGUGCAUGCUGCCAGUAUGCCAUGACUAUGAAAAGUGUUCAUCACUUUUUUAAUAACUGUCCAGACCUAGAAGAGAUUGGUAAUUUAUUUCACUGGGACAUUCCCCACCAUGAUGUAUUGGCUCUGAAGAAAGAGGCAAAGGAAAAGAACUGGGAUAUUAAAUUAUAUCCAUCUGACAGUUUCUGAUGCUUUUGAGUUGCAAAAUAUGUGAAAGGUUUAAUUAUCAUAGGAGUAUCGAAGAUUGCAAGCCAUUCGUUGUGAUUGUUGAUGAAAGGACAGGGAGAACCCUCGCUGAAGUUCCAUCACUUCAACUUAAAACAAGCUAGUGGUAGCAGGAAUGACAUUAGUACUUACAACGGAAGUUCAAAGUUGGGCUGUGCUGUAACCAUCAAGUGCAAAUCGGAAUAGUACUAACAUUCAUGUGUAGUGUGUGUAAAUGAUAGAAAAACAAAUCAUGAAAACAAUAUUAUCCAGAAUUUUCUGUAUUAUCUCAGGUACACCAUGUGACCUGAUGAGCUGUUGGAGUGUGAGCAGGGUAAUAUUUUGUGAAGGGAUUCAGGGAAACCGGUUAGCCGGACUUGAGUCCUGGAAAUGGGAAGUACAAUGCCUGCACUUUAAAGCUGAGGGGUUUGGGAUAUUGGCUGUUUGGUAGGACUUCUGAACUGUCGUAUCUGAGCGCCUCUGCGAAGACAGUGAUUAUGUAUGAGUGAGGUGAAAGUGUUGAAUGAUAAUGAAAGCAUUUUCUUUUUGGGGAUUUUCUUUCUUUUUGGAUCACACCCUGCCUCGGUGGGAGACAACCGACAGGUUAAAAAAAAAAAAAAUCAUGGGCACCUUCGUAAAUAGAAAAAACAAACAUACAUACACAUAUAUAUCUUUCUUUCUUUCUUUCAACACACCGGCCGCAUCCCACCGAGGCGGGGUGGCCCAAAUGGAAAAACGAAAGUUUCUCCUUUUACAUUUAGUAAUAUAUACAGGAGAAGAGGUUAGUAGCCCCUUGCUCCUGGCAUUUUAGUCGCCUCUUACAACACGCAUGUCUUACGGAGGAAGAAUUCUGUUCCACUUCCCCAUGGAGGUAAGAGGAAACAAACAAGAACAAGAAUAGAAAGAAAAUAGAAGAAAACCCAGAGGGGUGUGUAUAUAUAUGCUUGUACAUGCAUGUGUAGUGUGACCUAAGUGUAAGUAGAAGUAGCAAGAUGUACCUGAAAUCUUGCAUGUGUAUGAGACAGAAUAAAAAGACACCAGCAAUCCUACCAUCAUGUAAAACAAUUACAGGCUUUCGUUUUACACUCGCUUGGCAGGAUGGUAGUACCUCCCUGGAUGAAUGGUAUUUAGGACCUGACGAUCUGUUGAGUGUGAGCAGGGUAAUAUUUAGUGAAGGGAUUCAGGGAAACCAGUUAUUUUUAUAUCUUGAGUCCUGGAAAUGGGAAGUACAAUGCCUGCACUCUAAAGGAGGGGUUUGGGAUAUUAGCAGUUUGGAGGGAUAUGUUGUGUAUCUUUAUACGUAUAUGCUUCUAAACUGUUGUGUUCUGAGCACCUCUGCGAAAACAGUGAUUAUGUGUGAGUGAGGUGAAAGUGUUGAAUGAUGAUGAAAGUAUUUUCUUUUUUGGGGAUUUUCUUUCUUUUUGGGUCACCCUGCCUCGGUGGGAGACGGCCGAUUUGUUGGAAAAAAAAAAUAUAUAAAUAAAAUAAUAUUUUUGUAUGCAUCUUUUGCACAGCUGUUUUUUUUUUAAAUUCCUUUUAAAUAAAAUGAGCGAAUAAAUAUGUACAGUAUGUAUGUUGCUGAGUCACGGCUCUUGUAUGUAUGUUAUUUUUUUAUUAUAAGUGAUGCAGUAUAGCAGAUUUUGGUUACUUGCCAUGCAGAUUAUUAGUAGUAAUUUUUUACUUCUAUAUGAUUUAAAGAUAUUUUAUGUGGCAGCAAUUGCCAAGUUGUACUGUAGUAUUAGCUUUUUAUUGUACUGUGUUUUUUAAAGCAUUGAAUCUAGUUCUAAUAGAUUUGUCUUCAUUUUCAUUCGGGAAAAUUAUCAGCCCACAGAUGAGGCCUGGUUAUGGACUGCUCCAUGGGGGUGCUUGACCCCAAAACACUCUCCAAGUACAUAUACUCCAGGUAGAGGGGCCGUACAGCGUGUGGAGAAUAUUGCAAAAUAUCCUAGAAGUGUUCUAAUGAAUUAUGCAAUACUUUACAUGAUACAGACCUCAUAAAAGUUAUUUAUGAUUACUUACUAUAUGAGCUUGCUUUAUGUUUACAGAAAUUACAGUAUAAGUUUUAUUGGAUGUAAGCCUUCCAUACUAUAAACAUAUGAAAGGAAAUGCCAAAGUUGAAAAAAAAAAAUUAAUUUCAGUCGGUGCAUUUUCUCUGGCAGGUUUAGGUCUGAAGGUCACGCCUUUUGUAAUUACGUACAUAUUCUUGUAUGUGUUCUAAAAAAAGGGUUAAACCUGAAUGGACUUUUGUAUUUGAUUUUACAAUACAUUAUUAACAUUUGGUACAGUAGUUUCUUUACUAAAUACCUUGCCAAAAUAUGUACAAUGAACUAUUAAUUUCAUGGACUAAUAGGGAGUAGUGGGUGGUAUUUAAUGGCAGUUGCAGUGGAUAGAGAUGAGAUUGUUUUGCCCUGAUUGUCACAAUAACGGACAAUUCUGUAGCCAAUGGUCUCUGUCCCUUGUUUCUGAAUUGGUUAACCCAGAAAAUUUUGUUCUAUAUUUCAGUAGUUCAUUAAAUUGAAGGUUUACUGUACAGUACCUAACAGGAAUUAAAUUUGUAUUAUGAGACAACAAACUUGAAACAAAAACUCUGUGAUUAAGUUGCAUUGACACCAUUUUGCUCUGUGUAGAGCUUUAUUAAGUAUAAUUGAGUUGAUAAAGCUCUACACUGAGUGAAACACAGGCUCAAUGAAAGCUUGCUCUUCACCUGUCUUCUCCCUUCAUUAGUCAGCAGUAGAGUCUUUUUUCAAACUUGGUUAUGAAGCAAUACUCACUACAAGGUGUAUGAUGUGUCCCUCCUCACAUUGUGCUGCAGUACCUAUUAUAUGUUUGCUAUGCAGUUAUGAUUAUGCGCACGAUGCAACACUAAUAAGACAGUAGUGUAUGCAGAUAUGGUAUUUUAUUGAAAGGAAGCCCCUCAAAGGAGGUUCCUUGAUGCUGGUGAGGGGCUCUUGAUCUAGGGAAUUGGAUUUGUGUUCCCUGAAUUGAGCCUGAAUACCUUCCAUCAUCCCCCCCACUUGUGCUGUAUAAUCCUACAGGUUUAAUGCUCCCCCAAGAUUAUAAUAAUUAUAUGGAAUACUAAAAGGACGUUUUGUCCACCAAGGACUUUUAUCAAGUCUCAUUUUGGUGAGAACUGAAGAGGUUCCUGGUGGACAAAACAUUUUUUUCAAUAAACUGCAAAAUGUCUUAUUAACAAACAGUGGAACCUCGGUACUCAAACAGCUCCCUACUUGAACAAUUCAGUAUUCGAACGCUUUGUUCAGUAAAAAAUCGCUCGGCAGGCGAGCGUUUGCUCGGCACUUGACCAAAGAAACAUGACCUGCCAGAACUUUGCUGUAAACUAUUUCGAGUUUCUUUGCAUUUUUUGGUGUUUUUUUAUAUUACAUAUUUGCGUAAAUAAGUCACCAUGAGGCCUAUGAAAAUUAGUGAUAACAGCCAACGAAAGAGAAAACUGGUUGGGAAAAAUUUGUUUGGUACUCUAACAGAUCGGCACCUGAAGAGCCUUCUGGAACAAACUGAGUUUGAGUUCUGAGGUUCCACUGUACUUGUUGGUAUAUAAUACCAUUGAUAUACUGUACGUACAUUAUGCAACAAUAUAUGUUAUAUAAUUAAGCUUAUAAAUAACAAAAAAGGCACAAUACCGUGACUGGAACGAUACACAAAUAACCCGCACAUAAAAGAGAAGCUUACGACGACGACUUCGGUCCGACUUGGACCAUUGACAAAGUCACACUAACAGAGGUGGAGC